AUGGACAAUGCAUUGUUCCAAGCCUUCGAGAGCCCCCUGUUAACAAACACCCGGGCUCUUCAAGCAUUCCUUCUCAGCAUUGUGAGCCUUGCUCUUGCUCGUCUGAUCCGAGUGGUUUAUAAAAGUGCCAAAGAAUACAGGGACGAUACCAUCUUUAGCCGUCAGCACGGUUGCCAACUUCCACCCGAAUUAACCAAGCGCUGGCCCCUAGGCAUUGACCGCAUCAAAGAGCUUUGGGAGUCCAACGCCGACGGUAGACUCCUAGCCUUCUUGUGCUCCAUAGCCAAGGACUACGAACCAGGUAACAACCUGUGCCAGUAUCUGCUCAUCGGGCCUCGGGCAUACCACAUCCUGCACCCGGCAAACGUCGAAACGCUCCUUUCGACCAACUUCAAGGACUAUGGUUUUGGCUGUCGUCCGUCCGUCUUUGCACCGCUGCUGGGAAAUGGCAUCUUCACCCAAGAAGGCGCUGCCUGGAAGCAUUCGCGGGAGCUGCUUAGAAAGCAGUUCGUCCGCGCGCAGUAUCAGGAUCUCCGCUAUUUCCACGAGCAUGUCGGCAAUCUAAUCGACCGCAUCCCCACCGAUGGUGAUGUCGAUCUACAGCCUCUCUUUUUUGACCUGACCAUGGAUGUGGCCACGGAGCUGCUUUUCGGCCGGUCCGUCUACAGCCUCCGCGCUGGCGUUGAUCAGGCGGCCGAGAACCGAGAGUUCGCCGAGAGCUUCAACGUCGCACAAGAGGGCCUCGCAAAACGCUUCCGACUGGCCCCGUUCCAUGCUAUUUACAACCCCGCCUCUUUCCGCCAGGCUUGCCGCAACGUCCACCGCUUUGUCGAGCGGUACAUCCGGGAACAGCGGCUCAUGGAAAAGCGGGCGGCAGAUGCCGAGAAAAGCCAGGACUCGGCUUCCUGGUUCAUCCAGCAGGUUGCCGAAGAAUCCGCCAACGAGACUGAACUCAGAGAUCAGCUCCUCAACGUCUUGCUUGCUGGUCGGGACACGAGCGCCUGCUGCCUGUCGUGGACUUUCCGUCUCUUAGUGCGCCACCCAGCAGUGAUGGAACGACUACGUGGCGAAAUCAAGGGGGUUAUGGGGGAACUGACAAACCCCGCGAGAGAUCAGAUCCGGAAGAUGCCCUUCCUAGCCUGCGUCGUGAAGGAGAGCCUUCGGCUCUACCCUCCGGUCCCGCUCAACAACCGUGAGGCCGUGAAAACAACCCUUCUGCCUACGGGCGGCGGUCCGGACGGGGCCAGCCCGAUAAUGGUGAGAAAGGGGGAAGUAGUCGUGUUCUCACAGUACGUAAACUCGCGGAGGAAGAACAUAUUUGGUCCCGACGCAGACGAUUUCCGCCCAGAGCGCUGGGAGACGGGGGAGCUGGACAAGAUCGGGUGGGGAUUCUUCCCCUUCAUCGGCGGUCCUCGCCAAUGCCUUGGGGAGGAUUUUGCUCUGAUGGAGGUCUCGUACACGGUUGUGCGGUUACUCCAAGAAUUUCCCAUCAUUAAGUUGCCCACAGGGGAAGUCAUAGAGCCGGUCGGGUCUGAGAGGCAGAAGCUGACGCUUGUGCUCUCAAGCGCAGACGGGUGCAGAGUCUCCGUCGGUGGGAACGGCCGGUCCGGCUGCUAG